GAGAGAGAGAGAGAGAGAGAGAGAGAGAGAGAGAGAGAGAGAGAGAGAGAGAGAGAGAGAGAGUCUUAUGUGAAAUUUGGAGAAGGGGGCGGAGGUUGAAGCAGUGAGGGAAAGAUUAGCCUACCCUUGCCUGAGAUUCGCAAUUUGAAUCAUCCUCUACGAUGGUUGAGCGAAUGGAUAUCCCAGCCACGGAACGAUCUGUGAUCCUGCGGGGAAAAAAUGAGGAUGUAAAACUGUUUUAAAAGACCGGCUGCUGGAUUAGGUUGCGAUUGCUCAUGCUGCAGAAGAUAUCUGACAUGAAAAGGGAUAAUCGUGUCCAGAAAAAGAUGGAUUGAAUCGUUUCUGAAAAUCGCUUCUGUGUUUGAUCUUCUCCAUGGGUGGCAUCCUGUUUGAUUUUUUUUUAUUCCUGACAUUAUUUUUAAGUAGGGGGGCCUUGGCGGCGCUCGUCUCUAUUUCUACGCUAACGGAAACCUGAGAGGAGGGGGAGGACGCCGCUGUUGCUCGGGGCUCUAGGAAGAGUCGACUGCAUGGAUUCCAAGGCUCCCGUUUUCACCGACGCUUCGAUCUGAGAACGCGCUUCUCUCGCCUGCGCUGACAGCCCGGUGUCUGGUCCAUCCAUCACAGAGAGAGAGAGAGAGGAGGAGAGAGAGAGAGAGAGAGAGAGAGAGGGACGCGUUGUGGGGCUAAGGCUAGGGAGAGCGCAGAGAGAGGCUUCUCUUCUCCGGUUCAAUCGAUCUACCGGAACUGGACAGGCACGGGAAUCAGCCUCGGUGCGCGUGUGAGGAGAGCGAUAUCGCGCCUGGGGUAUUCUGCCACGGGAGGGCUUUCCGUCUGACGGAGUGAGAGGAGGAUACACAUCGACAACCGCACGCUGACAAACGUCCAAUUACGUAAAGCGGCAGAUUCCCGGCGACAUAUAUGUAAUUUGAAGGGGAUUAUCUUUUGCAAUCUCUGAUCUCACAAAAAAGCAGCCCUCAUCUCUCCGGAGCCAAAGCCAGGUGGUGCAGCCGAGUGGGAUCCAAAAGUGUACGCGGGCAGGAACCAAAAUAACAGCCUAGUGCUGGAUCCCCAGGGGACCCCCAGAGAGGACGGACCCUUGAGACGACGGAGGGUGCAUGGACCGCUCGAGGACGACAGCGCCGGGGUCUUCCGGGGCCUGCCUCUGGCUCGGCCUUUUUGCCACCGCGAUCGCCUUCAUGUGCACGGAGGCCCACGCCACACCAAGUCCACCGCCACUCACUAACUCCACAUGCAAGGGCAACGCCAAAUGCCUCCCGGGCAUCCUGCUGCCCAUCUGGUACCCCGUGGACCCCACCAUGGGCGACAAGAUUGCCCGGGUCAUUGUGUACUUCGUGGCCAUGAUCUACAUGUUUCUGGGUGUGUCCAUCAUUGCGGACCGCUUCAUGGCAUCAAUCGAGGUGAUCACCUCACAGGAGAAGGAGAUCAUCAUCAAGCGGCCCAAUGGUGAGACCACCACCACCACCAUCCGCGUGUGGAACGAGACCGUCUCCAACCUCACCCUCAUGGCUCUGGGCUCGUCCGCACCCGAGAUUAUGCUCUCUGUCAUCGAGGUGUGCGGCCACGAAUUUAACGCCGGAGAGCUGGGGCCCUCCACCAUCGUGGGCAGCGCCGCCUUCAACAUGUUCGUCAUCAUCGGCCUGUGCGUGUCGGUAAUCCCAGAGGGCGAGACGCGGAAAGUCAAGCACCUACGCGUCUUUUUCAUCACGGCCGCCUGGAGCAUCUUCGCCUACAUCUGGCUCUACAUCAUCCUGGCCGUCUUCUCGCCCAACGUGGUGCAGGUAUGGGAGGGCCUGCUCACGCUCGCCUUCUUCCCCAUCUGCGUGUGGCUGGCCUGGAUCGCCGAUCGACGCCUGCUCUUCUACAAGUACAUGCACAAGAAGUACCGCACCGACAAGCACCGCGGCGUCAUCAUCGAAACCGAGACCGAGCGCGCCAAGAGCAUCGAGAUGGACGGCAAGAUGGCCAACUCGCACUUCGGUGCCGACGGCCCCGGGAUGCCUAGCAACCUCGUCGGACUGAUUGACGGCGGGAAGGAGGUGGAUGAGUCACGGCGCGACAUGAUCCGCAUCCUGAAGGAACUGAAGCAGAGGUACCCAGAGAAGGAGAUGGACCAGCUAGUGGAAAUGGCCAACUACUAUGCGCUGUCGCACCAGCAGAAGAGCCGCGCCUUCUACCGCAUCCAGGCCACGCGCAUGAUGACCGGCGCCGGCAACAUCCUGAAGAAGCACGUGUCCGAGCAAGCCAAGCGCAGCAUCAGCGUGCAGGAGGUGCACGUGGAGGGCGAGCAGCCCGAGGGCGAGUUCGUGUCGCGCGUCAGCUUCGAGCCGGCCGUCUACCAGUGCCUGGAGAACUGCGGCGCCGCCCUGUUGACCGUGACCCGCCACGGCGGAGACGUCUCCAAGACCGUCUUCGUGGACUACAAGACGGAGGACGGCUCGGCCAAUGCCGGCGCCGACUACGAGUUUACCGAGGGCACGGUGGCCUUCAAGCCCGGCGAGGUGAUUAAGGAGAUCCACAUCGGCAUCAUCGACGACGACAUCUUUGAGGAGGACGAGCACUUCUACGUGCGCCUGAGCAACGUGCGCGUGCUGGAGGCUGAGGAGGACGAGGAGAUGUUGUCACCCAAUAGCCUGCCCUACCCCAAGGCCGUGCUCGGCUUCCCGCCCGUCGCCACGGUCACCAUCCUGGACGACGACCAUGCCGGCAUCUUCACCUUCGAGAGCGACAGCAUGCACAUCAGUGAGAGCGUCGGCAUCAUGGAGGUCAAGGUGCUGAGGACUUCGGGUGCACGAGGCACCGUCAUCGUGCCCUUCCGGACCAUGGAGGGCUUGGCGAAAGGUGGCGGGGAGGACUUCGAGGACACCUACGGGGAACUGGAGUUCAAAAACGACGAGACCUGUAAAACGGUUCAGGUGAAGGUUAUUGACGAUGAAGAGUACGAGAAGAACAAGAACUUCUUCUUGGAGCUGGCCGAGCCACGGAUGGUUGACAUGAGUCUACAGAAAGCCCUCUUGCUGGCCGACGAUGUGCCGAAGAUGUCAUCAGAGGAGGAGGAAGCAAAGAGGAUAGCAGAGAUGGGAAAGCCUGUCCUGGGGGAGCAUGCUAAACUGGAGGUCAUCAUCGAGGAGUCUUAUGAGUUUAAGAACACAGUGGAUAAGCUCAUCAAGAAGACUAACCUUGCACUGGUGGUAGGAACCAACUCCUGGAGAGACCAGUUCAUGGAGGCCAUCACCGUCAGUGCAGAUGAGGACGAGGACGACACAGGCGAAGAACGGCUUCCGUCCUGCUUCGACUACGUCAUGCACUUCCUGACGGUGUUCUGGAAGGUUCUGUUCGCCUGCGUUCCGCCCACUGACUACUGGAAUGGCUGGGCGUGCUUCAUCAUCAGCAUCGUCGUCAUCGGCUUCCUCACGGCCAUCAUAGGAGACCUGGCCUCUCACUUCGGCUGCACCAUCGGCCUCAAAGACUCCGUCACCGCUGUGGUGUUUGUUGCUCUGGGGACGUCCGUACCAGACACAUUUGCCAGCAAGGUGGCCGCCGUGCAGGACAGCUACGCCGACGCCUCCAUCGGCAACGUGACGGGCAGCAACGCGGUCAAUGUCUUCUUGGGCAUCGGCGUGGCCUGGUCGGUGGCGGCCAUCUACCACAAGUGGCAUGGGCGCGAGUUUGUGGUGCCCGCCGGCAGGCUGGCCUUCUCGGUGACGCUCUACACCAUCUUCGCCUUCAUGGCCAUCGGCGUGCUCCUGUACCGGCGGCGGCCGCACAUCGGCGGCGAGCUGGGCGGGCCCCGAGGUCACCGCUUCAUGACCUCAGCCUUCUUCUUUGGCCUGUGGUUCCUCUACAUCCUCCUCUCCAGCAUGGAGGCCUACUGUCAUAUAGAAGGCUUCUAAAGGAGAGAGAGCGAGAGAGGAGGGGAGAGAGAGGAGGGGGGAGAGAGAGAGAGAGAGGGGGAGAGAGGGAGGGGGAGAGAGAAGGGGAGAGAUGGAGGGAAGGAGAUGGGGAGAAGAAGGGAUGAAGAAGGAGAAGAAAUAGGACUCAGGCCUGGCUGUUGUGGACUGAUGAAAGAAAAAAAACUAAAUAAAAGAAGAAGUAAGGAUUUAUGUCUGGAGGAGUAGGUCUGGAUGAGUGU